AUGGCAGUUAAUUACAAUAAUGAAUUAGGUUUCUCCGACAAUGAUAUAGAUUGUUCACGAAAAGCAUUUUUUUAUGAUUGUCCUAAUGGACGUUGUUCAAAACGAAAAUUUCUUACAUUUAUACGAAAAUCAUAUUUACAAAAAUUCAAUCAAUCCAAUAUUCAUAUUAUAAAAAAUUUACAAAAUUAUCGAUAUAGUAAAAAAUUUUUUUCUAUGAUGUUUGAUAUAUAUGAUCAAAAUCAUGAUGGAGAAUUAGAUUUCGAUGAAUUUAUUUAUGCAUUAUCAGCUAUAACUGGUGCUAAUCGUUUAUAUACAAUUGAAACAUUAUUUAAAUUUUUUGAUAUUUAUAAUCAAGGUUAUAUAACACAAAAAGAAUUUAAUUCAAGAAAAAAAUUAGCAGCACAAUUUCUUGGUCAAUAUAAACCUGAUAUGAAAGAUAAUUUAUUAUAUGAAAAAGCAUUUAAUACAAUGGAUAUUGAUAAAGAUGGACGUAUAUCAAAAGAAGAAUUUAUUCAAUGGUAUUUAAAAGAUCAUUCAAUAUUACAUGAUAAAAAACCUAUAAGAAAACGAACACAUUCAUUAAAAAAUUCAACAACUUCAUUGAAUUCUAAAGGUCAAAUAAAAACAUCAUCAUUACAACAACAAGAUAAAUAUCCAAUUGAUCUUUGGUUAGAAACAACAAUGAAUAUUAAUAAUAAACAAGAAUUAUUUCCAACAAAUAAUACUGAUCGAUGUUUAUUAAAAAUCUUUCAUCGUGCACGUAAUCAUUUUCACCAUGCAAAAAUUCAAAUCAAUGAUAAUCAAUCUGAUUCGGGUAUUUUGAUGAGUUCAUCAUCAUCAACAACAAAUUUUACUGAUUAUGAUAUUGAUUCAAUUGAUUUCUUUGAUAUAAAUGACGAGGAGGAUUUUCAAUUGAAUUUAACUAAUGAUAAACAUGAUGAACUUCUAUUUGAAGUACUUGAUGAUAUUGAAAUAACAUUUACAACAUUAAAUACAGAUACAAACACAUAUUUGAAUCCAAUUGAUCAACAUUAUGAACAAUUAAAAUGUAAACUAUAUUCUGUGAAAAAACAUGAAGAUAUUUAUAUAUUAAUUGAUAAAUAUCUUCAAUCAACAAAUGCAUCAACACAUCAACAAUAUAAAAUGGAAAUAGAACAUGUAUUUAAAGUUGAAAGAGAAAAUAACAAUAAAAUAUUUAAAGAUGUUGGAAAUAAAAUGCUUCUUUGGUAUGAUUCAAGUUUGACUAAUUUUGCGGAUAUUAUGAGUUAA